AUGGGUUUCGUAGAAGCUCUUGAACCCCGCGAUCAGAAUCGACAGGACGAGACGUUCGUGGAUGAUCUCAACGGCGGAGCAAGCCGUGACGGCUUCUGCAUAGAAAUGAACGAACUGUCAUCCCAAGAUACCACUUCAACGGGAAUGAGGGACGAAAUUGUACUCCUUGCGUGGGCACUUGUUCUCAUGCGAAGAAAAGAAGGCGCUCUUCCUCGGUUUGAAUGGGCUCACUUAGCUGAAGGCAAGCCAGUGAUCAAUCAGCUACCCACCGAAGAGGUCUUUCCUAGCCUUCAGCUUACUACCAGAAAGGUUGCAGCAUCGAUACUGCAGCUGAUUCAGAACGCAACACGCACAAAGCACGUUCCAGGCGCUUCAGCUCUGCUAUUGAGUUCAAACUCCCUUUCCAAGGACUCGGAGGUAACGAAAAAUGAAGAAACAAAACACAUCGAAAUUCGGUUCAGUGCUGGACAAAUCCAGAUUCGUACCAUUUGGUGCAGCGUGAAUACGCUUCCACAUACAGUGGCCCAUACGAUCAGGACCUUUGUCGACACUAUCCGUGCGUGUAUCGCCAAUCCCGAGGAAACGAUCGAGCAAGCCCUGCAGGCAACGGAAAGUGACUUUGAUGAGAUAUGGAGACUUUGCCACGAGCUACCUCCGACUCACAGAUUCUGUAUGCAUGAGAAGAUAUCCGAGCGCGCUCGAAGGUUGGAUGAAAAAGUCGGCAUUUCAUCAUGGGACGGGGAUUUGACAUACUGGCAAAUUGAUCAAUGGUCUUCGCAUUUCGCUGGACUGUUGAAGAAUAGAGUCCAACCACAAGACGUGGUCCCAAUUUGUUUUGAGAAGUCAAGAUGGACCGUCAUCGCCUUACUUGCCACAAUGAAAGCCGGUGCGACAUUCGUUCUGAUGGACCCAACCCUUCCUCUGGCACGGCUUCAAAACAUGGCGAAGCAAGUCGGCGCAAAAGCUAUGGUGUCUUCAAGGAAGCAAUUCGAGCUUGCAAGUUCAAUUCUCCCAGCGGAGAAGAUUCUGGUUGUGGAGCGGCAGGCCUUCAAGGCUAUUGAACGAACGUGGGAGAUCGCCGAGCUGCCUAAAGUCGAUCCAUCCACUUUGAUGUACAUCAUUUUCACCUCUGGCAGUACCGGUACUCCCAAGGGAGUUCAAAUUUCCCACGAGACAUAUACAAGCAGUGCAAUUCCAAGGGCAAAGGCUGUUGGCUACACGGAAGAGUCUCGCGUUCUCGACUUUGCUUCAUAUGCAUUUGAUGUAAGCAUUGACAGCAUGCUGCUUACCCUUGGAAACGGCGGGUGCCUGUGUAUCCCUUCGGAUGAAGAUCGCAUGAAUGAUAUCAAUGGGGUGAUCCGAAAUAUGAACAUUAAUUAUGCCGGACUGACACCUUCUGUUGGUCGUAUUCUGGACCCUGAUGUCAUUCGCUCUCUGACUGGUGGCCUCGGCCUCGGCGGAGAGGCAGUGUCGGCUAGAGAUGCGACAGUAUGGGGGAAAGAUGCCCGUAUCGUCAUUGGAUACGGCCCUUGUGAAUGUACGAUCGGCUGUACCGUAAACAGCAGCGCCGCAACUGGUCGUGAUUACGUAUCAAUUGGGCCUGGAAAUGGUGCCGUGAUUUGGAUUGUCGAUCCCAACGACCACACUGUUCUGAUGCCCGUUGGUGCAGUUGGAGAGCUUCUCGUUGAAGGUCCAAUUGUAGGGCAAGGGUAUUUGAAUGAUCCAGAAAAGACAGCCAGCGCUUUCAUUAACGAUCCUCCAUGGCUUCUCGCCGGUCACAAGCAAUACGCUGGGCGAUCAGGUCGUCUUUACAAGACUGGUGACCUCGGAAAGUAUGACCCGGAUGGUUCAGGGGGUAUUGUGUUCGCGGGCAGAAAAGACACCCAAGUCAAAUUGCGCGGCCAACGUGUAGAGCUUGGGGAAAUCGAAAGCCAACUCCGAGAGAGAUUGCCUGCUGAUGUUAAUAUUAUCGCGGAGGUCAUUGCCCCUCAAGGUGCGAGUGGUCAGCCUACAUUGGUCGCAUUUGUGACCUGCCCUGCCAUGAAAUCAGGAGUUGGCAUUAGCAUAGCAACCCCUCCAGAUGAGCUGAGCACAGUAUUGUCAACAGUAAAUGUCGAGCUGUCCAAGGCCGUGCCACGUUAUAUGGUCCCUACAGCCUAUAUUCCUGUGAACAAUAUCCCUGUUCUGAUCUCUGGGAAGACCGACCGAAAGCAGCUGAGGCAGUUUGGCAAUGGCAUUGAGCUGCGAGAAUUAAGCAAGGGUGGCAACCCCUCGAUCUUCCGAAAGCUCAAUAAAUUGGAAGAACGCAUGCGCCAAGCUUGGAGUACUGUACUGAAGCUAGAUGUGGGUAAAAUCCAGCCCGAGGACAAUUUCUUCGCGUUGGGCGGAGACUCCCUAGCUGCAAUGAAGCUAGUGUCCGCGAGCCGAUCUCAAGGUCUCGAUCUUUCGGUCAUGAGUAUGUUUGCAAAUCCAUCUCUCUCAGAGAUGGCCAGUGUCACCCAGCCAUUCGAUUCUGAAUCACAGCCCGAGGUCGUCCCGUUCUCGCUGUUAUCUCAAUCUUCGGAAAGCGCCGUGCAAGAAGCUUCCGAGACGUAUGGAUUUGCUCCAUCCGCCAUCGAAGACAUUUAUCCCUGUACCCCAACCCAGGAGUCACUUUUUACGUUCUCACUGAAAUCAGAGAAGCCAUACAUUGCCCAGCGAGUGGCAUCCAUUCCAUCUCAUAUCCAUACCGAAACUUGGAAGUCAGCUUGGGAGAGAGUUGUCUCGGAAAUUCCCAUCUUGCGUACACGCUUAGCACAACUGCAGGAACCAGGUCUUCAGCAGGUUAUCUUGAAGUCUAAAGUAGCAUGGAAGGAUUCCAUCAAUCUUGACCAAUACCUCACAGCUGAUAAAGCCAUGCGAAUGAACCUUGGAGAUGACCUUGCCCGCUACGCUAUUGUCCACGCUCAAGAUGGCAAGCGAUACAUGGUUUGGACUAUUCACCAUAUUGUUUAUGAUGGAUGGUCUGAACCUGUCAUUCUUCGUCAAGUCUGCCAUGCCCUAAAAGACGAACCUUUGGAGAUCAUGACCCAGAUGCGAGAUUUUGUCAAAUAUGUGAAGGACACAGAUGAAUCUGCUAUGCAAGAAUUUUGGCGGCGCGAGUUAAAGGGCGCUAUUGGACCCCAAUUCCCGCGCCUCCCGUCAAGAGAUUUCCUGCCUAACCCGGAUGGGUUGGUCGAGGGCGACAUCACAGUUGGCAUCAGCCCUGGCUAUCCUUUUACAAUGGCAACAUUGAUUCGUGGAGCAUGGGCUCUCGUGGCGUCUCAAUAUUCAGGGAACGAUGAUGUUGUAUUUGGAGAGACACUUACUGGGCGGGAUAUAUCACUAUUAGGCGUUGAAGGGAUUAUUGGGCCCUUGAUCGCUACUGUUCCGGUUCGAGUUCGGGCCCAGCGAUCAAUGUCCAUUGAGGCAUUCCUCCGAAGUGUUCAACAGGGGGCACUGGCACGCACACCCUACCAGCACAUGGGCAUGCAAAAUAUUCGAAAGGUUAGCUAUGAUGCUCAACAUGCAUGUGAAGCUCCUACUGGCUUGGUCAUCCAGCCCGAACCAGACUUUGGAGGCAGCGAGCUAGGCUUCGAAAUAGGAGACGUUGUACUCGAGGCCCUUCAUUUUAACCCAUAUCCACUCAUGAUCGUGUCUCAAAUGAGACGAGUCCUUGCCCAAAUGCAAGAGGCCUGCACGCAACUGACACAGGAUCUUUCGCGUCCACUUGGUAAUGUUUCAUUCGUCUCAGAAAUAGAAUUGGAUCAAAUAUGGGAAUGGAAUGAGACUCCACCUCUGUCUUUCGAUCAGGGGUCAAGCACCCUUCGCUCCGGUGAGAACACAAAGUCUGGAGAGAACUACCCUCGUGCUGUUAUUCCUUGGGUUUGCGAUCCCCGCAACCCAUGUAUACUAUCGCCUAUCGGGUGUCUCGGUGAGCUGUGGCUAGAAGGAAAUUGUCUUCCUGGGAAGACCGAGUCUUCCAAAUGGCUUGAAAAGGGAAGCUCUUCGUUCCCUGGUCGCAUAGGAAAACUACAGUCAACUGGUGAUAUUGUGACACAGAAGGAAAAUGGAAGUAUCACUUUCGUCGGCAAGAAAGAGAGCAUCUUUGUUCAAGGACAUGCGGUUAAUACUGCCGAGUUGGACAUUCAUUUGGCGCGAUACCUUCCGCCGACAGUUCGCGCAGCAACUGGUAUGCUCAGUCCAAGCAAAGAUGAGAAGCAGCAAGAUCAUAUCGUGUUCUUGCAAUCAAACUCUGCCAAAGAGAAACAUACAGAGAUUAUUCCGACUUCCCGUGAAAUGGACCUUCCGAAUCAGAAGAUCCAUUUCUUCUUCGGCUCCGUCCAGCCUCUGUGUCGCAUUGAAAAAACUUGA